AUGAAAGCCCUUAUUUUAGUAGGAGGAUUUGGAACAAGAUUAAGACCUUUAACAUUCUCUUGCCCUAAGUCAAUAGUUGAGUUUGCAAAUAAACCAAUAGUAACUCACUAGAUAAAAGCACUUGUAGAUGUAGGAGUCAAGGAAAUAAUAUUAGCAGUUGGUUUCCAACCUAAAUCAAUGAUUGAAAAAAUAUAAUAAUUUGAAAAAGAAUUUGGAGUUAAAAUUAUUUGUUCUUAAGAAACAGAACCUUUAGGAACUGCGGGACCUAUUAGACUUGCAAAAGAAAUUUUAGAAAAAGAUAAUUAAUCUGAACUUUUUUUGUUUUUAAUAGUGAUAUUAUUUGCGAAUUCCCUCUCGAAAAAAUGCUUAAAUUCCAUAAAAAACAUGGGAAAGAAGCUUGAACCAAAAUCAUUAGAAAGAGAUAUAUUCCCAAAAAUGUCUUCUGAUGGUUAAUUAUAUUCAUAAGAUUUAGAAGGAUUUUGGAUGGAUGUUGGUUAACCCGAAGACUUUAUUAUUGGAACAUAAUUAAUAUUAGAUUCUUAUAAAAAAAAUACUCCUGAAAAAUUAUCAACAGGUUAAAAUAUUAUUGGUAACGUUUUAAUUGAAUCGAGUUCUAAGAUAUCUGCAAACUGUCUUAUUGGACCUAAUGUUACUAUAGGUUCUAAUUGUGUUAUAGAGGACGGUGUUAGACUAUAAAAUGUUAUUGUUCUUAGUAAUUGUACAAUUAAAGCAUAUACAUGGGUUAAAGAUUCUAUAAUUGGAUGGGAUUGUAGUGUUGGAAAAUGGGUGAGAAUUGAAGGAUUAUCUGUUUUAGGAGAAGAUGUUCAUAUUAAAGAUGAAUUAUUUAUUAAUCAAGCUAAGAUAUUGCCUCAUAAAGCUAUAACAUCGAAUAUUAGUGAGAAAGGAUAAAUCUUAAUGUGA